AUGCAGGACACCACAAAGGAGAUAUUCCAGGGUGCCACCAAUGUGGAUGCUGUGGCCCUUGAGGUUGGGGAGAUUGGAUAUGGCAGAAAUGCUGGAGAUACGCUUGAUGAGUUUGGUUUUGGACAAUGCCUUCCUGUUGUGCCCAGGAAGUGUUCUCUCCCUCCUUCAGGGAUGAUUUUGUGCAUGGGAUGGGCCGUCGGCACGCAAACCUUCAUCAAUCCAUGUGGAAAGAAACAACAACAUAUCAUUCUACUGCCUGGUAAAGGGCAGGCUACUGUUGGCAGACAAAAGGUCAUAGGUGCACAGCAGGGACAGGAGUCCGCUUUAUUCUUCAGAACUACUCAUCAGAAACAUGAGAUGACCCUGCUGGACGGCUUACAGAACUGUUCUGUAGACGUGCUAAUGUUUGACCCCAGCGAGCACAGAGUCAAUGUUCUCCUUGUUCACAAAUUGGUAGAGGCCGUUGAGUCCCCUCUCAACCCCAUCCUCAUCCCCAUCACUCCCAUAACUAUGCAGUCCAAGAUCUUUGGGGAUAACCACAGUCCGGACCUGGCAUCAGAUGUUGCUUCUGCUUCUGAUCUUCCUACUUUUGUGUCUCGUUACCUGGACUCUUUUGGGAAUCUGCUGCCAUACAUGCGCACCACCCUCUCUCCCAUACCGCCACAGUCUGAUAUCUGGGGAAACAUGAACACAGAGUGUUUGUACUGUUCUGACCAGGAGUCGCCCAACCCUCCAGGCCUCAUUCAAUCCUCCACAUCCCCAGAUACGGCAGAGAAGUCCAUCCCGCGAAUCUAUUCGCUGUAA